AUGACCGAUUUUAAUUUAAAUAUUACGAUGAAUUCAUCAAAUGCUGCUACUGAAGCAGUUUGGAAAACAUUAGGAACAUUUUAUAAAAUUAUCUAUCGUGGUUAUUUUACAUUUUUAAUUGUUUUUGGUACAUCAUUUAAUAUAUUAGCAGCAAUUAUAUUAUUAAGACCAAAAUUACGACGUUUUUCAACAUGUCGAUAUAUGGCUGUUUGUUCAAUAUUAAAUGUUGGUGUUUUAUUAACAAAUACACUCUAUAUGAUGUUAGUGAUGGGAUUUAAUAUUGAUAUAAGAGGAACAGUAUUUUGGUGUAGAAUGCAUGUAUUUAUUUCACAAUGGUUUCGCGGUUUUGCCAGUUGGACACUUGUUAUCGUUGCAAUAGAUAGAUAUAAAAGAUCAAGAAGUUUAAGACCAAAAACAUCAUCAAAGAAUAAUAGUAAUAGUGAAAUAAUAAUUGUAUGCAUAGCGGGUUUAAUAUUAAUUUUUCCUAAUAUUCAUUAUUUAGUACUAAUUGGAGACUAUGUGAAAUUAGAGUCAGAUGGACAAAUAGUUAAUCAUUAUGCUUGUACAUUUCUUAAAAAUAAUACAAAUUCUCUUCACAGUUGGCUAGCAUCAUCUAAUGCAUGGUUAGAAUUAAUUACUAUUAUAUUUAUUCCAAGUAUUUUAACAUUAAUAUUUAAUAUUUUUAUUAUUAAAAAUUCAUUUAUAAGUUCCAUGCAUAAUGAACAUUUACAAUCUCGUUCAAGAUCUCGUACAAGACGUGUUACCACAAUGUUAUUAGCAUCAAAUAUUGGAUUUUUGGCUCUUGUAUCUCCAGCUCAAAUAUUUUAUGCAUUAACAUUUGAUCCUGUUCAAAUAAAAUCGCAUGAAAUAAAUUUUUUUAGUUAUAUGAUUAAAGCUCAAUUAUAUCAAUGUUUAAUUAAUACUUAUUAUGCAAUGAAUUUUGUACUAUGUUUUGCAUCGUCAUCUAUUUUUAGACGAGAAAUAAAAAAAUUUAUUGUUAAUAAUCAUUUAAAUGGAAGACUCGAUACAGCAUCAAAUAAUCGAAAGAGAAGUACCGAGAGAGAAUCAGAAACAGCAAUAAUUUUGGGAAAAAAACGUCUAACUGAAUCAACAAUUGACACUUAG